AUGACGGCGCAAGACAGAGCAAAUAUUUUCACCGACGACAAUGAGGACCUGCGUCCACGCCAACAGAGUCUGGGUGGGGUGUUACGUCGGGAAGGCAAUUGGAAGUGUUUCUUGCUCACCCUCAUGAUAGCCGGCUGCCUGGGCUCAGUGGUGUGGUGCAACACCGCCGAGAUCGACCGUGACGUCAUAGAUUUGGACUCGACGCCGAUCAAGCGAACAGUGAGACAGUCACCAUGCGAUGUCGGCUACGCCUACAUUCCGAUUGCAUUUGUCAUGCUAUUAUACCUGGUCUACCUGGUGGAAUGCUACCACAGCACAGCCAGGAUUCAACUGGCGAGGAGGGUGGACGUGGCCGCCGUGAAUGCCAGGGUUCACGCCAUGAGGACAGCCACUCCGAGGGUCUGGUGGAAGGCGAUAUGUUAUCACUACGUGCGGAGGAAGCGGCAGGUCACGAGGUACAGGAACGGUGACGCCUAUACAACUACACAGGUAUACUACGAGCGUGUAAACACACACAGCGCCAGUACUUCCUUCGCGCAUGCGUGUUGUGGACAGCGUGACGCCUCCAGGAACCUGGUGCUGGACACCAAGACCCCCAUCACCAAGGUCCGCUUCAGCAAGGGGUUCGCGUUUGCUAACAUCGAAGCAGCCAGUGAGUUUGAAGAUCAGCGGUCGAGGUUCUUUGCAGAACACGAGCGUUUCGACGAUUUUAUGGAGAUGCGGGAAGGUCUGGACCUCAUCGGAGUCAGCUCCUUCAAGGAGUACAUGGUGGCUUACAGAGAGGCCGGUGGAUGUCCGUGGUAUUCCUCCCAGCUGCUGUUCUGGACGUUGUCAUGUCUGCUUUUGUCCUGGCCUCUUCGCAUCCUCAUCGAGUGUAACACAGCUUAUGUCCACUAUACGAUAACCAAAAUAUUCGGUACGAACUACGAGUUAGACCCCAGCAGACAGCUGGAUCUUGACACCCACUUGUCAGACACCCUGCCGCCGGUGACCGCCACCAACUACGCGUGGGCUCUCGCCGACGAGCAAACUGCCGUCCUCUGUUCAGUUCCCCGUCCAUCCAGAACCCUCCCCCUCUCUCACGCAUCAACAGUUGAUAGCCUAGAACUCUUCGCCGCCAUCAGAGGCAACUGUGCCUUAGUGCCAUCCUAUUCGGAAGCAAUGCGCAUCGACGCCGCAUUGAGAGAAGAACCCACUGAAACUGGCGUCCAAGUAGACAUAGAACCAAGACCUCGACCCAAUAUUAAAGCCGCAUCUUUCGAUGAACCCACGCGAAGACCAAGAGUCACAAUAGCUGGCACCCAUUCCAGUAACAGCAUCUCAACUAGUGUAAGAAAUAAUGAAGCCAAACAGCAGAACAGAAGAUCGUGGGCAGGUGUUCUUACUACGGCAAGAAGUGCCAGGCAGAUUUUAGAAGAAUUUAGAACUCCAAAUCCAGUCAAUUACCAACCGAUGCCUGACGCGAAUAGAAGAGAAGGUGAAAAUACUCUUUAUUAUUCUAGUGAGUUAUCACCUACCUGUUCCCGUGAUCCUUUUGGUGGUCGAGCCCAGACUACUCCGACUGAUGAGCCGCCUUCCUACGAAGAAGCUUUAAGGCUUCCAGCACUAAGGAAAUUGACUAGGUCCAUAACUGGUACGGACUUAGCUGGACCAAGAAGGGCGUUCCUUAGAGACGUGUUAGCAAAUAGAAGGUCAUGUUUAGAAGGAGUUGGAGUUUUGUCGGGAGCUAAGGUGGUUAGGCUGCCUUAUACUGAAUCUGGGGAUGAGACUCCACUAUAGCGAAGUGGCGAUGACUUUUAUGGUGCAUUCAUUCAUAUAAUCACGUCUAUGUCCAUUGCGGGGUAGACAGAGCCAGCAGUCUUGAAAGACUGAUAGCCCACAUUCAGCUAUGGUGUUAGUAGUUUAUGGUGCAAUAAAGUAAUUAAGUGCUAUAGUCGCGUGGCUGUUCCGAAGGCCAUGAACUGAUAUUGUUUUUAAUAUAACAUUUACACGCUUUGGAAUUGUUUAAAUGUUCUGAAGAUGAGCUUGCGCAAUUACUAGUAUUCGAUAAAGGUUAAGGCAUAAAUGUAAUGGUUCCAUAGGUAUUAAUUAUGAUACAAAUAGUAUUCAUUAAGCGUCAUGACUGCUCUGAAAUUAGUCGUCGUAAUUUAAUUUGUUGCUACUUUACAGAAUAUAAAGUAAGGAAAUUUGAACAAUUCAUUAUUUUACGUCUUGGGUCUUGGGAAAUUAAAUAAUAUUUCUUUUUUGUUUUGCCCAAAGCCAACCGAAUAAAAAAAUUAAAGCGACUUAUUGUCAUGCAGGCCGGUUUACACGAAGUAAAAUCUUCUUUUUUCGAUUAGU